CCCCUGCUUGCUGGAGCUGGAGUGCCGGCCGGCCGGCGCUGGAGAGAUGGUCUCCGUCAGUAUCCUGAGCGAGGCCCGGAACAUGGAGGUGUACGUGGGCGAGGAGUACUGCGGGACCGGCCGGGGAGAGAACCUGGGCGCCGCCCGGGCCCCGGGCGAAACUGAAAAGGUUACUUUAUACAGAAAGUACCUUAAGUUUGAAUGCCCUGCAGCCUCCUGUAGAAUUAAGCUGCUCUCCAUUGGUGAGAAACAAAGAGUACUCAUCAGUAAAAUAAUUGUACAAGUGAAAACGGUGUCUGCAAAACUAGCAACUGAUUUUCCUUCACUAAGCUCAAGCAUAGACCUAGACAGAGUGCAAACUAUAAUGGAAUCCAUGGGAUCUAAGUUGUCUCCAGGUGCUCAGCAACUCAUGGACUUGGUCCGUUCUCAGCAGAAG